AUGUCGAUUCAUGAGCCCAGUGAAGCAGAAUCGACUUUUCAAGGAUCGAAACUAAUAGACAAUAUAUAUUUUGUUGCAACUGCCAAGCAAUUAGCACAAAAUUCCAAACUUAUCAUUGAUCCAAAAGCAUAUCGCAAACCAAUAGAUACAGAAUCAUAUAACUUAGCACUGAAAUUUAUUUCUCAAUACUUAUCAAGCCAUAAAUUCAAUUUAGCACUGGAUGUUGCCAGUAAAGAAUCAAAUAAUUCAGUAAAACUUAUUACACAAAAAGCUUUUGUCAAUAAAAGAUUGAAAUUAAGUACAGAAACAUCCCCUGUAGUACAACUAAUCAAAGCUAAAAAUCCACCAAAAGAACCAAAACAAACAAAAUCAAGAAGUAUCCUGAAAAUUGAAAGAGAAUUAGUUCAAUCAUCUGAUUCUGAACUUACAGAGCAAAGUAUUGUAGCUGAGGCUAUCGAAAUGCAACAAGAAAAUAUCAAAUCAAAUCAAAGUUCAAAGCAUCAUAAAAGGAAAUCAAAAAAGCGUGCAUUAGAGAAUGUUGAUACAGGUGACACAUUCACAGAAGAGAGUGAAGUCUUUGUUCUUCCUUUACAUGAUCCUGCUUAUGGAUUGCCAAAGGAACAGCAAAAGAAGAUGGUCAAAUCUAAGCAACCACAACCUAAGAAUGUAGAAUCUUCUAAGAAUGGAUCAUCAAAGAGAACUAAAAGCAGAGUUCGUAAAUCAUCCAAGCAUUCUUCAACAAAUAUUGGAUCAGAAUACUCUUAUACAUACGUUUAUACGGAAUCAGAGUCUACCCCAUCCAAACAAUCAGGAGUACAAUUAAAAUUACCAACUCCUCCGAUUUCAGAGACAUAUGGAACUGGAUCUUACUAUUCCGGAUAUUCUUAUACAUACGGAUCUGGAACUGGCUCAUAUUAUAGUCAGAGCUAUAGUAAAAACCCUUAUUCUGCUUCAUCUCCGUUAUCUGUCAAAUCAUCAAACAUUUCUUCAUCGAAAUCCUCGGUUUUACCUCCAAAAGAACCUUCUCUUAAGGUAUAUGAGCCUGGACUUCAAAGAGCUGAAGAAGGUUCUUUAGAUUUUCUCCAAAGAACUGCAAAAGACAGUGACGAAUCGAGUGAUGACGAUGAUGGCAAGGAAGUUAAACUCAGUAAGUAUUCAGCACCUGCUGUUGAAGGAAUGAAAGCUGUAAAAGGAAAUAAUUUCUUUGACAAAAAUGCAAUCAAAGAAGCCCAAAAAGAUCCACGUCUUAAGCCUUCCCAGAUACAGAAAGCUAACUUCUCCGAGAAAUCAUGCGCUUCUCGUAAAUCCGUCGCAUCUGCUCACAUUUCUGUUGCAUCUGAGAAACCAUUGAUGCCAGAAGAGCCAGAAGGUAAGAAAUCGAAGAAGUCUUCUACUGCUUCUAAGAAAGAGAAAGUUCCUGAGCCUCAACCGCAGCCAGAACCAGAAAAAGAAGAAAUUGUUGAAGCUGAAGAAGAAGAUGAAAAGGAUGAGGAAGAGGAACAACAUGAGGAAGAUGAGGAGGAGGAAGAAGAAGAGGAUGCUGGUGAAGAGGAAGAAGCAGCUGAAGGAGAAGAGUAA